AUGAAAGCUACCAUAUGGCGAGGACUCAUGUCCAUCGGAAUGAAAUUCCAUCAUUUCGCAGAUCCCAAACCCCCCGCUCCCAAUUUCAAGAUCCGAAUCCCCUCACGUCUAUCUCCCCGCGGGGGAUAUUUCAACCUGAUCUUCUAUGUCCCUGAAUCAUACAUGGAAGGAUCGGAAGAAGAUCAACAUCGAUUUCCUGUCGUCGUCAAUUAUCACGGAGGAGGUUUUACCUUGGGUACCGGAACCGAUGAUGCGAGAUGGGCUUCGGCCGUCAUUCAUACCGUGGAUGCCGUCUUCGUCAGUGUGGAAUAUCGUCUGGCGCCCGAAUAUCCUUUUAGUGUAGGAGUGGAAGAUGGUACCGAUGCGGUGAUAUAUCUAGCCGCACACGCAGAAGAGUUACGAUUGGAUCCUCAUCGAAUGGCAUUGUCGGGAUUUAGUGCCGGAGGAAACUUUGCAUUUACGGUUCCUCUCAUGCUUCAUGAUUUACAACAAGAUGCUGGGAAACGCAUACUCGCCGAUUUGACAAGUGCAAAUACAAAUGCAGAUGGAAGUGCUUCUUCUAAAAAUGCUAGUCGACUAGAUUUGGAUAAGUUAAAAUACGAUACUUCGACCUCAGCUUCGGCUUCAGCUGAAUCAUCUACAUCACAUCUCCGACCCAAUCCUCUACAAGGAGAGACCACAGGUAGAAACGAAUCCACAACAAGCAUCGCCAAAAUCCCCACCCUCGAACCCACCGCUCUCGAAAUCGCCCAAGAAAUCCCCAACCUCACCAUCCGCGCCAUAGUAUCCUUCUACCCACCAACCGACUUCCGCCAAACCCGCGACGAAAAGCGCGCCACAAAUCCUGCCCCCGAGAAAAAUCUUCCCCCAAUGCUCACCCGACUAUUCGACGAAUCCUACAUGCACCCCAUCGACUCGAUCGACCUACGGGACCCCUAUCUCUCCCCCGCAGCCGCAACCGAUAAUUUUCUCCGCGAGGCUUAUCCGCAGGAUAUCGUAUUAUACACCUGUGAAUACGACAUGUUAAACGCGGAAGGGAUUGCCUUCGGCGAACGGCUUUCCUCUUCCGCCAUUAGCAAAACCGUCAAAGGCGGCCUAAUAAACUGCGUACCCCACGCCUUUGACAAAAAACCCAACCCAAUAUCCUUUCCCAAAGCAGCAGAUCGCUGCUACAAAGAAGCAUGUGCGGAAUUGGCCAGGGUAUUUGGAUCGGGCACGACGAGCGAAGAAGAUCGAAAACAAUUGGGGAAGAGUAAAGUGGUGGAUAGGUUUGAGGAUCAAGAGAGGAUUGUUGGGUUAAGUGAUAAGGCGAGAAACUUGAUUGAUAACACGAGUUUGGCGGAGGGAACGAGGGAAAGUGGCAUGGCGGAUAAUCAUGGGGGGGUAGAGGGGGAGGGGAGUAUGUCGAGGGGUAGGGAUGGGGAUGCGUUGAAGGAGUUUGAGAGGGAGGCUGAUAGGGUUGUGAAGCGGAAUGGGGGGAUUGAUGAAGAGGCUAUUGUUUAG